CGCCGCGAGGAUCACCGCGUCGCUCCAGUCCGCGUCUGGCAGCGCAGCAGCAGAUGCCCCGUCCAGCCUUUAAGUCCGCUAAGUCCCUGUAGGCCAAUUAACCGCCAUGAAGACCCAAAUCCCCGCCUACUUGGCCACUUUUUGACCGACGAUGGAGACGAACGCCGCUUCAUCGCUCUAUAACCUCACCGUGAAGCGACAGCCCGCCAUCAGCAGACGACCACUAGUUGGGAAAGAAAGUCAGACGCCUUCCUCCAGAGAUAUGCAUCUAUCGUUUUUCGCGAUUCUAGUUUGAAGUGAGGUCCUUACGGUCGUCCUGAGCUCUGAAGAGAAGGUCUGCACCCGUCGUUGAUCUACUCGGAGUUCCGUGGAGUGUUUCUGCAGGUCGGGGUUGUGCACCAUGGAAACGCACACUGAUGUGCUGCUGAUCACCGCAAAUGUGGGCUCACUGUUUGAUAAUGUGGGCGAGAUUCAGAGUGGAUGGCUGCAGGAGUUCUACGCGACCAUCCAGAGACACAAGCCCCAGUUUAUUGCCCUGCACUUCCAAGAGGUGGGGGGGAAGGACUACAUGCUCAACAUGGGCCAUGCUGAGAACUUCUUUAGGAGUAUCGAGUCCAGCGGGGAGAUGAAGACGUACGACAGGACCUGCAUCUAUGUGGACAACCAGUUCAAAGCGGAGGACAGAUUUACGGCGCUGGGCAGCAUGUACUUCAUCCACGCGUCUCUGAAGGACGUCUACCAGUACGACUUCGCUGUGAAGGAUUUCAAGGUGGUGUCGGGACAGAGCAAGUUUGUGGGCUCCCUGGACGGUGUAGCCACGGUGGAGAAGGAGAAGUUCCCCAAGAACUUCUGGCCUGAUUUCAAGUGGUCGAGGAAGGGAUUCAUGAGGACUCGCUGGCUCAUACACAACCAAGGUCUGGACCUGGUCAACGUCCACCUGUUCCACGACGCCUCCAACCUAAUCGCCUGCAACUCCAGCCCCUCCGUCUACUCUGACAACCGCAGGACAGCCCUCCGCUAUGUCAUCGACAGGGUAUCCCACAGCGCGGGUUCUACUCUGCCCUUCUUCCUCUUCGGAGACUUUAACUUCCGCCUUGACGCGCUGAGCCUGGUUCAGGACCUCUCCACAGCCACGGACGUGCAGACCGUGACCAAGGACGGCAGCAACGAGGUGGAGAAGAUCAUCUGGGAGGAGAAGGACAACGAUCAUAAGGUGGUGCUGCACAUCGAGACCAAGAUGUUUGACUACCUCCACCAGAGCGUCUUCAGGCAGGACAACGGCCAGGCGCUCCUUAAAUAUGAUAAAGAGGUCGCAGCCUUUCAUGAUGUCAUCAGGGAAGAGGAAAUCCUAUUUCCCCCAAGUUACCCCUACAGUGAGGACUACUCUGAGCCCACCCAGUACAUGACGACCCGCUGCCCCGCCUGGUGCGACCGCGUCCUCCUGUCCCCCGCGGCUCAGCGCCUCCUCCACAGGUGCGAUGAUGAAGGGGACAUGGGCGUGGUCUACAACACCCUGGGUCCUAACAUCUGCAUGGGCGAUCAUAAGCCUGUUUUCCUUUUCUUCUCCCUGAAGACAAAAUGCUUCUGACCCGCACCCCUUUAAAUGGCCCGCGGGGGAGGAGUCACCAGCCCAGCAGUCUGCUCGGGGCCACGUCUUGCUGGGGGGGGUGGGGGGGGACCGCAGACCGGACUGCUGUGGACCCCCGACCGCCUGCACUCUUCAAACCCUCACCUGUCUGUCUGUCUGUCUUCACCUUGUCCCCCAAACCCUCUCCCCUAGCCAUCCGUCUGUCUGUCUUCACCUCAACACUGUAUCUUGCAUGGUGUCUUUUCCACCUGGUCACACACACACACACACACACACACACACACACACACACACACACACACACACA